AUGACAAUCCAUACUCAGCUCGCGCAUAUAAUCCCAUUUUCUAUGGGACACUGGGACAAUGAACGGAAGGCGAAAGAAAUCGCACAAUGCUGGGAAACAUUGUACCUUUUAUUUCCCAGCAUCAAGGACAUCAUCAAGCCAACUACAGUCAGUACCCCGGCAAAUGUGAUGACGAUGGCCAUGUCAAUCCAUCAAGAUUUUGGCAGUUUUCAAAUUGCCUUCAGACCAACCGACACAGAGAAUACAUAUAGGAUCAAGGUGUACCCACGGCAUCAGAGAUUCUUUGACCAAUACUAUGAGAAGCCCAUAACCUUCACCAUGCACAGCGCCUCAGAAUUGCCCAGUAAAGUCCUCCUUGAGACGCAUGCGGCGAUCGCCGAGAUUCUUCAGGCGUCGGGGCAGGGGGAGAAGAUCGAUGAACUUCUGCGUAAAUGGGACGACAUUAGACGCCCGGCAUCUGAUGGAAGCACGGAUCUGGAAAGCCUUCUUUCGUUAGUACGUGUCCAUUAG